AUGACUUCUGUACCUUCUGUCCAAAAAGCGGCACUGAUUAAAGAACCUGGCGAUAAUGCGAAAAUUAUAAUCCGACCAGAUAUUCCCGUUGAAAAACCUCAACAACAUGAGAUUCUGAUCAAGCUGGAGUUUACAGGUCUUUGUGGUUCGGAAGUUCGUGCUGUGUCGGGAUGGGGACCGUAUGAUCCCAUUAUAGGACAUGAAGGUGUCGGAACGGUUGUUCAGACUGGAAAUGAUGUUGAUACUGGGAUGAUGGGUAAGAGAGUUGGUGUCAAAUGGCUUUACAGCGCUUGCGGGACUUGCCGUAUCUGCAAGAAAGGUUAUCACAAUAACUGCCCCAAACAGAUGAACACCGGGAAGCAUGUUCCUGGAACUCUAAAAGAGUAUAUGAUCGCUGAUGCGAGGUAUGUGACGCUAAUCCCGGAUGGCAUUCCUGGUGAGGUGGCUGGUCCUCUGCUGUGUGCUGGGUUGACCAUGUCUGGAGCUGUUUCGAAAGUUGAGGGAUAUGCUGAGAAGGGCGAUUGGGUUGUCAUUUCUGGCUCUGGAGGUGGUCUUGGACAUCUUGGCGUACAGAUUGCCAGUAGACUCAAGGGUCUGCGAGUCAUUGCGAUUGACACCGGAGAAGCGAGGCGGAAGCUGAGCUUGGACAGCGGGGCUGAGCAUUUCAUCGACUUCAAAGCUGAAAACGUGGAAGAGAAGGUGAAGGAGAUCACCGGGGAGGGAGCUGCUGCUGUGUUGGUGGUUACUGCCUCACAAGAGGCUUUUGUUCAAGCCCCAAGUCUCGUCAGGAACAUGGGAAUUAUCGUCACGAUUGGACUGCCGAGGAACGACUUUAAUAUUCCUCUCUCUGCUACCAUCUGCUCAGCUAAAGACCUCACAGUCACUGGUGUAAUGGUAGGAACAGAAGAACAGAUGGAAGAACUUCUGCAACAUGCCUUGGCAGGCACAAUAGUCCCAGCAGUCAAUGUCCUCGACUUCGACCAAGUUGGAAACGUCAUCGAGGAUCUCAAGAAGCAGCAAGUCACCGGCAGAGUAGUGGUCAAGAUCCCAUAG